AUGUUGGCCGUGUUGGCUCUGGUUCUUCUGGUGUCCUGUGCAAGUGAGGGACGAAUUCUCAGUAAAUGUGAGCUGAAGUCCCAACUCGUGGCUGGUCUGGGAGGAAAUGUGCCUGGAGCUGUCACUAAUAGGCCUGGAAAUGUGACUACAAAUGUGCCUGUAGAUGUGACUGCAGAUGUGGCCAGAAAUGUGACUUUAAGUAUGCCUGGAAAUACUGCAAAUUUGACCCUGAUCGCCCAAAUCGUUUGUGCUGUGGAGCGUGUGUCGAAGUUCAACACCGGCCUGGUCACCACCAUCCAAGAGGACUCCAGACCUCAAGUGAGACCCCCAGUGAGACCCCCAGUGAGACCACCACAACGACCCAAUGAAAGACCAGGAGGAAGACCUGGUCGUCCGGGUGGAAGACCAAGGGGAAAGAGAUCCCACGUUGUGGCACAACUCAGGCGCCCAUCUAGAUUGCCUGUUGACAGUUCCGAGAGUUCCGAGAGUUCCGAGGAGAAUUCCAGAGAAAGGCCUCGUCUCACCACAAAACUGUUGGGAAUCUUCCAGCUGAGCAACCGCGUGGCCUGCGAUUCCGGAUCUGGCCAGAGUUUAAACAUUUGCAAAAUGAAAUGCAGCGCUUUGAUUGAUAAUGACAUCAGGGAUGACAUCGCAUGCCUUAAGACCCUGCUGGACAGCGCAAGGAUUGGCACUGUUUCAGCCUUCGCUUCUCCGCCCAAGCAACAGUUUAUUCUUUCUUUGAUCGAGUGCCGCAACGUCAAUCCUGCGCAGUACUUCGCUGGGUGUCCCUAA